AUGCUCAAAGGUUUCUUCGGAGGCAAGAGACCGCCGGAGACGCCGCCCUCCCAGGGCGCGACCCGCGGCGCGGACGCGAGAGCGCGCGCGUCUUCCGUCUCGGCGGAGGCGGCGGGAGGCGUCGUCCUCGGGCCGUCCGAGGCGCGAUCGACGUCGGAGCGGAAUCCGGAGCGCAGGGACCCCGACGACAUCCCGGAUGGGGACAUGCCCGCGCUGUUCGAGCGAUGUCAGGACCUGCUCGCGAAGACCGCGAAGCGCGCGGACAUCGGCGCCAAGACGCCCGAGGACGAGAGCCGCCAGUUCCUCCGCCUCAACAUGAUCAAGCGGCUCGUGGCCAGGCUCCGCGCGGGCCUUCACGAACCCGACGUCCUGGACGCGGGCGAACGCGCGGCGUGGGCGGCGCAGAUUGAAUUCCUCGAAGAGGACGUGGACCGCGCGGUGGAACGCGUCACCGGCAUGGCGCACGAGAGGGACCCGCCGACGCCGAAACGCGACGCCGCCGCCGACGGGCGGGGCCACCGACACGGCAGCUCGGAGCGGCAGCUCGGGGGAAUGUUCGCGGGUCUUCACGUGGGAGGAACCCCCGCUGGCUCUUCGCAAUUCUCGGGCGGCGCGGACUCGGGUGACCUCUUCAGCGGACUCGACCUGACGCCGCCGCCGCCGCCGCCCGCCGCCAGCAGCGGACUCGACCUGACGCCGCCCCCGCCGCCGCCGCCGCCGCCCGCCGCUGCCGUCCCUCCCCUCACGGUCGGGGGCGUCGCGGGCCUCGGCAUGCUGGACGAGGCGAUGUUUGGCGACGGCGGGGCGGCGGCGGAACCCGAAAGCGCCGCGCCUCCCGCGUCGUCCCCCGCCCCUUCCUCGACGACCGGGGGAAAGAACAGACGGCGAGGAAAGGUGCGCGUGGGAUACGCGAGGGACGACGACGCCUCGGGCGCGCUCGACGAGCGACGGAUCGGUUCGCCGGAGAGCGCGGUGAUCUCCGAUGGCGGCGGACUCGGUGCCGUCCCGAUUUUGGACCCUUCCGAGCCUUCGCCCACGGAGCCCGUCCCGGCGGCUGAUCCUCCUUCCGAGCCUUCGCCCACGGAGCCCGUCCCGGCGGCUGAUCCUCCUUCCGAGCCCUCGCCCACGGAGCCCGUCCCGGCGGCUGAUCCUCCUUCCGAGUCUUCGCCCGGAUUCGAACCCGAGACGUCCCACGCCCCCACCAACUCGACCGCCGCCGCCGCCGCCGCGCUCCUCGCCGCGGUUCGAACCGCGCAGACGUGCGAGCUCGAAGCGGCGGCUUGCGAGCGACGGCAGAUGAGCCUGUGCGAGGCGGAGGAUUACGACGGCGCCGAGGCUCUCAACCAGGUGGUGGACGAUCUGAGGGCGAGGGCGUUACAGGCGGAGGCGGAGGCGUUUAGGGCGGAGGCGCUCGUCGCCGAGGCUUUGCGAGACGCAGUCGACGCGAUUGAGAAGAGGGCGUUAAAGGCGGACGCCGCGGCUGACGCGGCGGACGCCGAGGCGAAGGCGAGAAGGGCCAAAGCGAGCGGACUCGAGGAGGAAGAGGAGGAGGACGGCGCGGCGGCGGCGGCGGCGCGAGCGAGGAGCGAAUCCGCUCGAGAGGUUCGAGACGCCGCCGCCGACGACGCGGCGAGGGCGAGGACGAAGGCCGAGGCGGCGCGGGACGCGCGGGACGCGGAAGUGCGCGAGAGCGAGGAGUUCGCCGCCCUGACGCGCGCCAAGUCCUCCGCCGAGUCGGCGCGCGAGGAGAGGGAGGCGCUCGAGAGGGAGAUCGAGUCCAUGCGGCGGGCGCUUGUCGAGAAGGAGUCGGCGUUGGAGAGGGUGGUGGAGCGGGAGAAGGUUCUUCGCGAGGAGGAGGAGAGCGCGGCGGCGGCGCUGACGCGAACCUCGGAAUCCGCCGACGAGAAGGUCGCCGCCGCGGAGGCUGACGCGAACGCCUCGUCCGCGGCUCUCGUCGCGGCGGAGGCGGCCUUAGCGGAGGCGGCCGACGCGGCCAAACGCGCGGACGAGGACGCCGUCGCCGCCAAAAACGCCGCAGCGCGACUCGCCGACGAAGCCGAGGCGUUACUAAAAACGGCGCAGGCGUCGGCGUCCGCGGCGCGGGCGGACGCGGGGCGCACGCGCGACGCCCUUAACGCCGUCGACGCCGCCAGCCGCCGUCUCGAAGCCGCGACCGCCAAGGAACGAGAGCUGGAGACGGCGGAGACGAACGCGUCGCGUAGAGCGGUGACGGCUGCGCUGGAGAGACACGUCGGGAAAGACGUCGUCGCCGGGGCGAUGACGCGGUCCACACCCGGUGCGCGUGGGCCCGAGUCGCUUCGCAAGACCGCGGCGGUGCGUCGCGCCGAGUGCGACAGGCUCGUGACGGAGGCGGAAGGCGAGGAGGAGGCGAAGCGAGCGGCGGCGGCGAUGCGGGAUUUUAAAGAAGCCGCGGCGCGAUCGAAGGCGGCGAAGGACCUGAGGGAGAGCGCGGAGGCGGCCAAACGCGAGGCGGACGAGCUCGAAGCCGACGCCGCCCGGAUGGAGGCGGAGGCGGAGGCGGAAGACGACACCGAACCGAGGGAUGGGGACGGCGAGGCGGAGGAGUCGACGCCCGCGGAUCCCACCGAGGCGUACAAAAAGUUGAAGGCUUCGAGGGAGGAGGCUUUGGUGGAGACGUGGCGGGCGAGGCGGCGGCGAGUGCUGGCCGAGAGCGCGGUCGAGCCCGAGGACUCCCCCGCGUCCGUCGCGCUGCGUGCCGUCGCUGAGGUUCUCGAGGCGAGGAUUAAAAGGCGCGAGCGCGAGCUGGAGGAGGACGCGAGCUGA